AUGCUCGCGCUCCGAAGCUGCCUGAGGAAGGUGCUGGCCCCGCGGGCACUGGCGCCACAGGUGUGCUCAUCUUUUGCUACUGGCCCAAGACAAACCGAAGGAACAUUCUAUGAGUUUUGUACUUAUUACUUUAAACCCUCGAAGAUGAAAGAGUUCAUGCACAAUUUUAAGCAAAAUGUUCAUCUUCGGACAGCUCACUCUGAAUUGGUUGGCUAUUGGAGGGUAGAAUUUGGAGGCAGAAUAGACCGAGUAUUCCACAUUUGGAAGUAUGAUAAUUUUGCUCAUCGAGCGGCAGUUAGCAAAGCCUUGGCCAAUGAUACAGAGUGGCAAGAACGAUUCCUCAUUCCAAAUUUGGCUUCCAUUGAUAAACAGGAGAGUGAAAUUACCUAUCUGGUACCAUGGUGCAAAAUAGGAACGCCUCCCGAGGAAGGAGUCUAUGAACUCGCUUCUUUUCUUAUGAAACCUGGUGGCCCAGCUCUAUGGGGUGAUGCAUUUGAAAGAGCAGUAAAUGCCCAUGUCAAUCAAGGCUAUUCUAAACUAAUUGGCGUGUUUCAUUCAGAAUAUGGAACACUCAACAGAGUGCACGUUCUGUGGUGGAGCCAGAACGCAGACAGCCGCGCCGCGGGGCGACAUCGGGCUCAUGAGGAUCCUAGGGUCGUGUCUGCUGUUCGGGAAAGUGUCAACUACUUAGAUAUUCAGGAGAAUAUGUUCCUAAUCCCUGAGUCGUUUUCACCACUGAGAUAAUUUUCUACCAACGGUUUCCUUAACUGCUGUGAGAUGUGUCAGCAGUCGCUGCUUCAAACCUCUCAAGAGAAUUAUUUCUACUUUUUAUUUCAAUGAAGAGAAUAGCUCUUCUGUAACAGCCCUGGUUCAAAUGAGAUCACAUUUCCAAGCUUGUGACCAAAUUUUUAAAUUAUUAAUAAAUAUGUGAAACUUUUAAAUCUU